AUGCAGUCCCUUGUAGCAUCAAUCUUGGCUCUCUUCUUUUUGUUGGGUGCAUUGGAAGCUCGCUAUAAUCUUCAAGACGACGUCGUCGUAAGCGCCGCCAUCAUAGUCGAUCAGAAUGGUCAUGGAAAUUUUACCACAGUCCAGCAAGCCAUUGAUUCCAUCCCAUCAAAUAACUCACAGUGGACUCGUAUUCACAUCAACCAUGCCAUCUACAGUGAAAAAGUUGUGGUUCCUAAAGACAAACCCUACAUUAUUCUCGAAGGAGACCUUGAUCACUAUCCUGUGAUUGAAUUUGGAGAUGGUGGAAAUGUUGUUACAAGUCCUACAUUUAUAGCACACGCGGAUAAUUUCAUUGCAAAGAAUAUAAUAUUCAAGAAUACAUACGACCGUAUUGACUUCAUGGCGGAUGUCAAUGGGAGGCCUACUACUUGGGCAGUUGCAGCUGCAAUCGAUGGAGACAAACAAAGUUUUUAUCAGUGUAGCUUCCUUAGCGUGCAAGACACAUUGAGUGAUGCCCGAGGCCGUCACUAUUUUUAUGAAUGCACCAUUAAAGGUGCCAUAGACUUCAUCUUUGGCUCUGGCCAGUCACUUUAUGAGAAAUGCCAAAUAGUUUCAGUGACGGACGUGAUAGGAUUUCCUGGGUAUAUCACAGCCAAUGGUCGUGGUGGUCCAGACGACCCAGCUGGGUUUGUGUUCAAAGAUUGCCAUGUAUCUGGAACAGGCCCUAUAAAUCUGGGAAGGGCAUACGGCAAUCACUCUAGGGUUUUGUUUUCUGGAACGUACAUGGAAAAUAUUAUUACCCCACAGGGCUGGAUGGCUGCAUGGAACACUGGCAACGAGGAUUUAAUUUCAUACUCGGAAGCAAAUUGUAGUGGACCAGGGGCAGAUUUGUCCCAACGUGUGACUUGGGAGAAGAAGCUAUCGGAUGAGGAAGUGGAAAGUUUAACAAAUGCAGCUAAAUUCAUAGACCAAGAUGGAUGGUUGGCAAAGCAGCCAAAAUAA